GUAUUAUUUUGUUACAGACAGCAACCAUAAAGCGGAAAUAAUGAACAACAAACAAAUUCUGAGUUGAGUCAAAUUGAAUUCCAUAUUUUAACAUGGAGAAUCUCUGCCGUGUUUGUUUAAAAGAAGGAGCCAAUAUAUCGAUAUUUGAUAGCAAAGAUGAAAACAGUGUAUAUACUAAACUCGCUUCAUGUGUUAGGGAAAAGGCGAAGGAACUUGAAGGAUAUCCUCGCAAUAUAUGCAUAGUAUGUUACAGCACUUUGGAGUCUGUCUGUGCUUUCAUCAAAAAAUACAAGGAGUCACACAAGGUUCUAGAAAGUGGGCUGAUCCCAAUAAAACAUGAGACCUUUGAGGACAACAAUACCUACCAUGACAUUAGCAAUGACCGACCAGAUAUUGAAAUAGAAGUAUGUGCAAUUAAAACGGAACCCCAAGAUACUACUGACGUUUUAGGGGAACCUCUGAAGUUGAAAAUUGACAAGUUAAAACAUUUGUCCAUUAAGAGAGUUAUAAAGAAAGAAGAAGAUUCUAACCCAGAAAAUGAGUGUGUGGAUCUUACAGUAAAUACUACAACAAAAAAGAAGACAAAAAGCACCAAAACAGAAACAAGACUAUCAUUGAAAGAAUACAAGCAAAUGACACUGAAACAGAGAAAACUAAAGCUAAUGAGAAGACAGAAAGAGAUUGAAGAACGGAGAAUAAAUAAAAAUAAACAAAAUGAUAAAGAUUCAGAUCCUGCCAAACCCGACGAACCAAAACCACCCAAGCUGUGUGAUAUUUGUGGUGACACAUUUCCAACAUCAGACAAACUGUCAUACCACAGACAGAAAAAACAUGUAGAAGUACCUGUACAAUGUCCAACUUGUAACCGCACAUGUGUAAGCACAUAUUACCUUAACAGGCAUAUUAAGAGAAAGCAUACUGAGAAGAAAGACUUUUUCUGUCAAAUCUGUGGUACAGGAUUUGCUUUUAAAGGGGAGCUGACGAGUCACUACAAAUCGGUGCAUGUGAAGAAGACGGGACCACCGAGGACUUGGGCAUGCAAGCACUGCGGGAAGACCUACAAGUGUCCGAAGUCAGUGCUGGUGCAUGAGAGAUCAGUUCAUACAGGCGAGCGUCCAGCAGUCUGCGACAUCUGCAACACAAGCUUCACCCACCACGACUACCUAAAAGAACACAUGCGUUUACAUACCGGAGAGACCCCAUACAAGUGUCCCAUAUGCGGGCGCGGAUACGCGCAGCGCUGUAAUAUGAAGAGCCAUCUCCGCAUUCAUAAGGUGUCGGAGUUGAACCCUGAGGAGCUUAGCAAGCUUAGACCUAACUAUAUAAGGAGGCUGAAGGUAUGAUAAUUUGUAGGUUAU